UCUGCCGAACGGCCCUUUGUUCGUUUUCGCUCACAAAGCCGACGCAGCCACAGUCUCGCAUUACGUGCUUUUAGGGUUUAUCCAUCGACGAGGUCCAACAAUGGCGGAUGUCGAGCCAGAGGUUGCAGCGGCGGGACAGCCAAAAAAGAGAACGUUCAGGAAGUUUUCCUUCAGAGGAGUCUGCUGUGUUUCUCGCAGAAGGUUCAAGAGAGGAUUGACGAGGAAGCCGAUGGCCCUGAUCAAGAAGCUCCGUAAGGCGAAAAGAGAGGCGCCGGCAGGUGAGAAGCCAGAACCAGUUAGAACCCACCUGAGGAACAUGAUCAUAGUGCCAGAGAUGAUCGGAAGCAUCGUUGGAGUGUACAACGGGAAGACGUUCAACCAGGUCGAGAUCAAGCCCGAGAUGAUCGGUCACUACUUGGCCGAGUUCUCCAUCUCCUACAAGCCCGUCAAGCACGGUAGGCCUGGUGUCGGUGCCACUCACUCAUCCAGGUUCAUUCCCCUCAAGUGAUGGCCUUUUUACCCUUUCAUUACUAGUCCCUUGUUGUAUGCCCCCCUCCCCCAAUCUAGGGUUUGGUUCCUUGUCUUGUCUGUCUAUGGACCUUGUUAAUGUUUUCUCGCUCGUUUUGAUGCUUUCUGUCUUAGAUGUCUCAGAACUCUUUGUCCUGCUUUCACAGAAUGAUGGAUCUUUGAAUCAUUUGGGAUUAUUUUUUUUGCUUUUUGGGCAUUA